AUGGCCAACUCUUUUACACUAGAUUUGACAGUAGGUCAUAAAUACGCCGCAGAAGCUGUCAAAGGAGUUUUAGGUACUAUUCUUUUCCAUAGACAAUUUCAUACAGUUAUUUCAAAAACUGUAGACAUCCUAGAAGUUACAGUCCCUACUUUAGGAAAUACCCAGUUGGACGAGACUCUUACCAGCAAGGCUGCAGAAUUUGUGGACGGACUUCCAAAUCAGCAUGGAGCCUCUUCACAGAUGAUGGUUCUUCUUUAUGAAAGGUUACCGAAGAAGUCGUGGUUUGGAACGGGCACAGUAAAUCCAUGGGAGCAAUGGCUCGUCAAUGUUGUCAUUACCGAAUCGAAAGACUCUUAUCAUGCAUCCUCUACAUCUUUAGAAUGUGCACUUGAACAAAUUGUUCAGGCUGUCAAUUUACGCAGUCUUUCGUACCUUCCUCCAGUCGCUGCAGACUCUGGAAACUAUCCAUACGAUAUUGUCAUCCCAACAUCCACUGAAGGAUGGGGAUCUCUAUUGAAACGAAUGAUUGUUGAAAAUAUCAGUGGAGGUGACUAA